GAAAAUGAUAGUCAUUAGAGUUUUUAUUUUAAUUUAUUAUUAUUUUAUUUUAAAGAUAAAAUGGGUAAUACAAAAAAUUUAUUAAUAAAAGAUACCAUUUAGCUAAAAUAUUUUGAGAGUAAGUUAUUGUUCAAAUUGCACUAUAAAAGGGUCUAUUUCCACACAUUUCUCUUUUUUUGUUUUUUUUCUUCUUUUUGUAGUUUCUAUUACUGUAUGUAUUGGGUUAAUGUCUAUUAAAUUCUAGGCAUUUUGGGGCACGAGAGAUAUACUUCAUUUUAGUCCGAGUUUUCUUCCACUGCUUUCUUGGAGAGUGAAAUUUAAGCCGGGGAUUCAAAGGCUUGUAUGUUUUGUCAUUGUAAAUUGGUGCUAAUCUCUGAUAGUGGUUUCGACUAGGGAUUGAAUAUCCCUGCCUUGAUGUAGGAGUUCCAUCUUAGAAUCUCUGAACCAAAAUGAUGGAUUUAGAUAUAUAAUGGGCAAUGAUAAACCUCAUAUUUCGCCUGAAACAACCUUACAGCAUCAUACCCAGACAUGCUUUCAACUUCUCCGCCUUGGCAUCAGAAAACCAACAACUUCGAACCAGAAGGCGUUCGUUGGCCAACCUCUUACAGCUCAGUUCCUCGGGAAAACCCAUUUUGCACUACAAGAAAGUUCAUGCCCGAUUUGUGGUGUUGGGUUUUCAGUAUGAUGUUUUUCUUGCCAACUUUCUCUUACGGUAUUUCUCAAAAUCCAAUUGUCUUCAUGAUGCGCGGAAGCUGUUCGAUAAAAUGCCUAAUAGGAAUUCAAUAACUUGGACCACAUUGGUUUCAAUGUAUGUCCAGCAGGGGUUCUAUGAAGAAGCAUUGGUACUCUUCUUAGAGUUUCGGAGAAGUUGUGAUUGGAAAGCUAGUGAGCAUGUCUUAGCUAGCAUCAUCCGCGGGUGUACACAGUGGGGUUGGGUUGGUCAAGGUUGCCAAGUACAUGGUUUUGUUAUUAAGACGGGUUUUGAGCAAGAAGUCUAUGUGGGUACUUCUUUGAUUGACUUUUACGCUAAACAGGGCGAUAUAGAAGAAGCGAGAUUGAUAUUCAAUGGUUUGUUGGUAAGAACUAAUGUUACUUGGACUACGAUUAUUACAGGGUAUGUAAAAGCUGGAAAAAGUGAAGUGUCUUUGCAGUUGUUUUACCAAAUGACAGAAGCCAAUACUCUUCCUGACAAAUAUGUGACAUGCAGUGUUUUAAGUGCUUGCGCAAUGCUAAAGUUCAUUGAAAUUGGCAAGCAACUGCAUGCUUAUGUGUUGAGGAUGGGAAUAGAAAUGGAUGUUUCAGUGCUGAAUGCGCUUAUUGAUUUCUAUGGGAAGUGUAGUAAAGUUCAAGCAGGACGGAGACUGUUUGAUCACAUGGUUGUAAAAAACAUUAUUUCAUGGACCACAAUGAUUGCUGGGUACAUGAAAAAUUCAUAUGAUUUGGAAGCAAUGAAGCUAUUUUUUGAAAUGGCCAAAUUGAGCUGGAAGCCAGACGAAUUUGCAUGCACUAGUGUUCUUACGUCUUGUGGUUCAGUUGAGGCACUAAAACAUGGGAGACAAGUCCAUGCUUACACCAUCAAAGUUAAUCUUGAGUAUAACGAUUUUGUGAAAAACGGCUUGAUUGAUAUGUAUGCAAAAUGCUAUUCUUUAGCUGAUGCCAGAAGAAUUUUUGAUGGUAUGAGUGAUCCCAGUGUGAUUUCAUACAAUGCAAUGAUCGAGGGAUAUUCAAGACAGCAGAAGUUGUGUGAAGCUAUUGAUCUUUUUUGUUCUAUGAGGCAUAGAUUGUCUAAACCAGGUCUCCUGACAUAUGUUAGCCUUCUUGGUGUAUCUGCUGCAUUAUUUAACUUGAAAUUGAGCCAACAAAUUCAUUGUCUCAUUAGUAAAUGCGGAUUUUCUUUGGACAUAUUUGCUUCUAGUGCUCUAAUAGAUGUUUAUUCCAAGUGUGCUUACAUUAGGGAUGCUAGACUUGUGUUUGAGGAGAUGAAUGAAAAAGACAUUGUAGUUUGGAAUGCAAUGUUCUUUGGGUACGUCCAACGAUCAGAAAGUGAAGAGGCCUUAAAGCUUUACUUUGAUUUGCAGUUAUCAGGACAAAAUCCUGAUGACUUUACUUUUGUUGCGCUGCUUACUGCAACAAGUGUUUUAGCCAGUCUUCGCCAUGGCCAAAAGCUCCAUAACCAAGUUAUCAAGGUGGGUCUUGAUUUUGACUCUUUCAUUACCAGCUCCCUCGUGGAUAUGUAUGCCAAGUGUGGAAGCAUUGAAGAAGCUUGUAAAACAUUUUCUUAUACUAGUUGGAGAGAUGUUGUUUGUUGGAACUCCAUGAUCUCAACUUAUGCACAUCAUGGAGAAGCAAAGAAAGCUCUUCAGAUAUUUGAAAGAAUGAUAAAUGAGGGAAUUGAGCCUAAUUACAUCACAUUUGUGGGCGUCCUAUCAGCCUGUAGCCACGGAGGGCUUGUUGAAGAUGGACUUGGCUAUUUUGAAUCAAUGCCUCAAUUUGGCAUUGAACCAGGGACUGAUCAUUAUGCUUGCAUAGUUUCUCUACUGGGACGAGCCGGGAAACUACUUGAGGCUAAGGAAUUCAUAGAGAAAAUGUCAAUAAAACCAGCAGCAGUGGUAUGGAGGAGUUUGCUAAGUGCAUGUAGAGUUGCAGGAAACAUAGAAUUAGGUGAAUACGCUGCAGAAAAGGCAUUUUCGAGUAAUCCAGUUGAUAGUGGAUCAUAUAUUUUGCUUUCAAAUAUUUUUGCAUCCAAAGGUAUGUGGGUUGAUGUGAGAAGGGUGAGGCAGAAAAUGGACUUCAGUGGAGUGGUAAAAGAAGCAGGGCAGAGUUGGAUUGAAUUGAACAAUGAAGUCCAUACCUUCGUUGCAAGAGACACGUGUCAUACUGAGUCCGAUACAAUUUUUUCAGUUUUAGACAGUUUGAUGCUUGAGAUGAAAGGAGUAGGAUAUGUGCCUAACAAUAAAAUCCCUCUAGUAAAUGACUGAGAUGAAAACAACAGCAAAACAAUCUCAUUGCAUGAUUUUGUUUUUAGGUAUCAAUCCAUACGCAUACAUUUUGAACAAAUACAUUCAACCCAUACCAAACCUAGGAAGGUAAUUAAUUAAUGAAUCCAGGAGAGUAACUAACAAUCGAUCCACACAAAAAUUUCACAAAGCAACGGCUGCAACAUCUGAUGUGCAUGUGAGCUUGUAGAGAUGCCACAAUUUACGCAUUUUCUCCACUUUUAUAUCUUCUUGUCUCUUUGCUUUUUCUUUUUUAUAGUUAUUUUGCAACAUCUUUUCUAUAAUUCUUUGUAAUAUGAUCUUCCAAACACACUCAGACAUUGCAUCUGAUACACUUUGAUACUUAAUCUGAAAGUCAUUUUGUAAAAAAUAAUCAAAAGAGUCCUAUUUUGCAA